CGCCCCGGCCCCCGCCCCCCCGGUCCCGGGAGCCGGCGCGGGCCGAACGCGGGUGCCGCACCCCUUGUCUGCACCAAUCACCUCCCGUAGCCCUGCAGGGAGGGGCCGGCCCAGGCGGCCUGCCCGCCCCGGGGUUCCUCCGGCCGGCGGGCCGAGCCUUGGGGAGGGUGCAGCGGGAGCGAGGGACGGGCGCUCGGGAAGGGGCAUCGCCUGCGCCGAGGGGCGGGCCAGAAGGAGAGGCCAAGCGAGGACCUGGCGGCCCCGUCGAGCCCUCCUUGGGACUGCGCAUCGGCCUCCAGCUCUACAGGCUGCCCCAGCCCCGCGUCUCCGCCCUGCCGGCAGCCGCUUCCCCCUGCGGUGCACUGGGAGAGCCCUUUCCGUGCUCGGACAGCCGGGCCUCUAAGCCGGUGCUAGCCUCGACCUUCCGGUGCUGUGCUCACACCGUGCCGGGAGUGCUGUGCUCCCGUAGCCCCCCGGCCCCACAGCAGUGUGUCACGGGAGGGAAGCUGCUGUCAGGAGGUCAGACUGCCCGGACGUGCGUCUGCUCGUGGCCGGCUUUCCUCCAAUACGACUGGCACUGCACCAAACAGCACCCAGCAGUUGGAUGUUGGAAAGUCCUGUUCCCAUGACAUGUCACAGCCAGAACACCCCUUCAGAUGUCCCAGAUGCUCCUGGGCUUGCUGCAGCCUGAAGAUGAUCCAUUUUGCAGCCUGUUGAGCACAUGUUGUUACUUGUGCUUCUUCAUUCAUCUCUGCCUCACCACAUCAAAAUUAACUGGCUUUCCUGUGCUUGACACUGCUUGGUCACUUUGGAGGUGGUGACUCUCACUGCUGGCUGGUAACACUGGCUGGGGCUCUGUGGGAUCACUUCCCUGCUUGCCUUCCCUCCUUCGUGGGAGAUCUCCCGCCUGCCUCUGAACAACUGUGUUAUCCUCCUCCAAAUCCCUCUUUGGCCAUGACGUCUGCAGAGCACUUGACUGAGAUUAGUCUGUCAUGUGGAGGUUCUUACUCCCCCACUGACCUGUGUUUUCCCUUCUGUGGCUGCUCUUGGCUUGUGUCUCUUCCCCGCUUGUGCAGCUGGCGGCAGCAUGGGCUCUGCUCCUGUGCUCUGGUGAGACCAGAGUUCUGGGGGGAACGUGGGACAUGAGUAGUUCCUUGUUCUGGCUGCUCAGGCGCUGACUUCUCCGUCACAGUUUUCUUGCCUGUGCACUGCCCUCUCCAAGCUGUAUCUGACACCACCUGCAUUUCCCUGGUCAGGGUUUUUAACUGAAUCUUCAUUAUUAUUUUGAGAGGUAUCAAUAAAGCUAAAGAUUCUGUGUUGGUCUGGCAUCCAGCUGUGGAGCUGUGAGGCCACCAGGGUCAGAGUUCUCUUGAAGGACUGCCCUUCGAGUCCUGCCUGGACUGCCCUUUAGUGCCUAUUUUUUAUUGAAAGCAAUAAUUGAUGCUUUUGUGCUGGGCAGGCAGCUGCACAGUGCCCUAAGUGUGAUCCCAGUGUUGUCCCUCAGGCCUUUGUACACUUGGCCCUGGUGAUGUGUGUUUCCUUCAUACCGCCCUGCUUGAAUUUCCUGCUUCCUCCUCACUUGGCAGCAAGUGUCCUUGGAUCAACACCAGUUUGCUGUGACAGCAAGUUGUGGACCGUUGUUCAAACAAGAGAACAGCAAGGAGCAGUGCUGCCUUGCCACAGCAUUCAGCAUCAAUGAAGCACAACUGGAACAGCCUCCAGCCCUGCUGCCAGGUCUCCAGGAGGAAGCUGCAGCUUUGGCAAGGGACUCAGAAUCAAGUUUUGAGUGGCAUCAGUUAAAAAGCUGAGAAAUUGAAGGUGGUCCUGGGAUGCAGUUGAAGUACUUAGGCAGUUCUUAGUGUUGAGAUGGCUCAGUGUGGUGGUUGAGGUGUGUACACAGGGAAAGGGUUCACUGAGAGUUCAGUUUUUCCCAGGGAAAAUGAGAUCUGGUUGUCCAAAGAUGGGGUGGGUCAAACUCAAACUGGAAAUGAGCUGCAGAUUUUGCUGAGUUAAUCAUUGGAGUCCUUCAUCUUGGGGUGGAUUGGAUGGGUUUUUGCUGAAAUCUUUGUUUUGGUUGGAGGAUAUUUUUGUGAGAGAUGUUUUAGUUUUAUUUCAGAGAUAAGUGAGUGACAGGUUUUUCUUGGUGAUGCUUCUGUGUUGGGUUGAGUCCAGAAUCUGACCCAGGGCUUGCGACCAACUACACCUGGGCUUAAUGGUUUCAGGUCCCAUAUUAAAAACUUAGAUAAUUUCAGUUGCUGCAAGCUAACUGUCUUCUUUCUCCUUUUGAGGUGUCAAGGGUUGUUUUUCCAGUAAUUUGGACCUUUUUGAAGCACCUGCCUGCCUAAUGCCAUGAAUAUUGCAGUGAACAAUGAGGAAGAAAAAGCUGUCCAUUCCUGGUCAAGAAUUUCCUCUGCAGGACAGAAAGUUCUGGAGGAAGCCCUCCGAGUCUUCAACCCGAUGUCCAAGGAUCUUUCGGACACAGAGACCCAGCUGGUGGCCUUCAUCCAAGGCCUGAAGGAGGAGGGCUACCAGCCCACGAUUCUGAGGAGUAAGGAUGUGUACGGGUACAGCUCAUGCACGGCCGUCACACCGAGUCAGACGGAAGAAAACACACAGCGCAACUGUGCCAGCACCACGGAGCCCACCCAGAGUCCAGCCAGGAACUCAGGGGCAAAAGUGGCCCCUUUGCCCACCAGCAUUCCAGCGAGCUCUUUGAAAGUCUCCGGUCAACCAGUCUCCAAAGGAGAUUCCAGAAAUCUCCUCUUGAGCUCCUUGAAGCAGACAGGAUGUGGCACAUCCAAGGCGGCGACAGUGGGCUUCCCUACAAGCAUGUAUCCUGACGUGUAUCCAGCUAUGAGACUGUCAGUGGUUCUGGAAGCCCUGGUGCCAUUGAAAACUGCAACGUCCUGUUUGGACUCCAAGUACACACGGGGGCGUAUUGGGAUCUCUCCCUCAGACCUUAAACUCCUCAAGACUUCAAGUCCACCAAGGCAGUUUUCUUCAGGCAAGAGCACUAAAAUAACUGAAGGCAAGGGUUACAAGCGUUUGGUUAAGAAAGCACCCGAUUCUGCCACCCGGGCUUUAAAGCUUCUGAAGGGACCAAAGGGUGGAGUGCUGCAGGAGAGCAAUGCCUGCAAAGCCUCCGGAGUUCUCAACGGGAGAGUCGCAGGCAGCUCGUCCCAGGACUGCACCACAGCACCACAGCCCAAGACCUUGAAAAUCAAAGAUAAGGAAGUUCUGCUGGGAAAAACAGAGUGGAAGGACAGCAGCACUUACCAGGAGGGCACUAGGCAGAAGAAGAGAAGAGCUACAGAGGCAAAAGAAGCACCACAGAGGAAAAAGGCAAAUACCAUUCCUGUCCGAAAGAAAACUCGACAGGCUCCGAGCACUUUGAACCUGCUGAAAUUCCGGACCAUCAAGGUGGGCAACUCUUCCUCUGAUGAUGAAGUGAGGAGGAGAGCACAGAAGAUUCUUAGGGUCAACUUGUCCCCUGUGAUCCAAAUUCAGCCCUUGUCCCAUUCUCAUAGUGUCCCCUGAAUUUCUUCACUUUAUCACUUUUUUUUGUAAGUAAGUAAAUAAAAGCCUAGCACCAGAGCACAGAGAGGCUUGGGAGUCACUCUGUGUCUCUGGUGCCAAUAUGCCCACUAACCUGCAGACAGAGCAGCCCACUCUUGUGCUGUUCCUGCCUGUCUGCCACUGCUGUGCAGAACUGGCUGCAGAAAUCCAAACCCCUGCUUGGGAGUGUGGGACAGUGACUGGCCAGCAUCGAGCUGAGCAGGCCGGAGAGCUCACUUCUCACCACACUCCCCUGAACGUGGCAGGCUGUGCUCUUGUGCAGGGGAGAACACAGGACUUUAUCAUGACAUUGAUGCACUGUGAUACUGCUCUUUUUCAAGCUGUACAUUUACUGGUUUUAUUUUGAUCAAAUUUUAUAACUUUAUUAUCUAUAUAUCUAUAUAUCCAUAUAUGUGCAUAUGGCCCAGGAACUGUGGGAAGAUGCACUUCCUCCAUCUCUUUGGGAUUUGGUUUGAUAGCUUUUGUUCCUCCUUCCCUUCAGCUAGCCUUUUGUUGAAAGGUGCCAGAAUUCCUUUGUGGUUCAUUGUUGUGACAGUCUGUCGUGGGCUCCCUUGAGCAGCUCAAAGGCAGCAGCAGUGUAGCCACUUGUUUGUCUCCAGAAUACCAAACAAUCUGUAGAAUUACCAGCUGGUAGUUUUAAUCCUGUUUUCAGUAUAACCUCUGCAUAACAGUGGGGGAGUGUCACAGGGCUGCAAGUCUGACAUCUUUAAGCACCUCCUCCCUUUCUGGGUAGCAGAAGUUUGGAACACAUGGUAGGGAUUUGCCUCCAAAGAGGAUUCCUCCUCAGCACCCAGCAUUACUCUGCUCUUCUAUACCCCAGGUGCAGCUAUGGAUCAGGAACUGUGACUGUUAGAGCCAAAGGGCUGGAAUUGUUAGCAUGAACUGUGUAGUGUCCUGCCCCCCAUGUAACUGCUCUGCUGUUGCUGGGUGUUCCAGGAGCAGAUCCCAGGUGCCAGUAGAGAAGACUGUUGGUUUUGGCUGGAGUUAAACCACCACAGAAAUGCACGCUGAGUUUGAAUGCAUUAGCUACAUCCUGCCAGUCCCAGAGCUCAGUGGGAUACUUGAGCCUGAGUUAAAGCAGAAAAGUGAAAAAUUUAGGAGGACAUACACAGCACUUAAACAUAGAGAGUCACUUUCUGUGGUUUGUGGGGAUGAAGCAGUAGGAGGGGAGAUGGGCAUCAUGUGGUGGGUGGCAGCCUUGCUGUGCCAUCAGGGAUGUUGUGAGAAGGUGUGUGGCAGGUGUGAGAGCUCUGUGUGGAAGGAGGAGUGCAGGCUCUGCCAUCCCUAGGAGGCACUGCAGAACCACUGCAGAUGGCUGCUGUCACCUCCCUGCACGGGGGCACACUGUUGGAUCGGAACAUGUCUCUGUGCUCCCUGCACUCCACAGGGAGAGAUCUACUAAUCCCAGGAGAAACACCUCAUUGGAGCAGUUAGUGCUGCUGCUGUCACCUGGAAGGGACAGCCUGGUGUCCUGGGGAAAGGAAGAGGCAUUGGGCUGAGUAUGGGCCUGGCUCUGUAUAUUGCUGUAUGCUCAGAUGUCUGCAGCAGUACUGUAAUCCACUCAUUCAGCUCAAAAUACCAGUUGUCUGACCUAAUAAUCUCUGUGGACAUUGACUGAAGGGAUGACCUCCCCAGGGAAGUCCCAGAUCUUUGUAUUUGAGCCCCACUGCCCAAGCACCUGGUUGGAUUUCAGUGGUUUAUAAAACGGGUCAGUGUCUGAUCCUCAACACAGGAAGGAAGACUGUGGUAUGGAGAGAAGAGAGGAGGUUCAUGACGGGGUAAGAAGGCAGGGAAGUUGGGUGUUCUGAGGCACAUUGGGAUUUUCCUCUCACCCACACAGAGCAGGGUUGAGGUUCACUUUCACUAAGCAACCUCGUCUAGUGUAAAGUGUCCCUGUCCAUGGCAGAUGGUUGGAACAAGAUGAUCCUUAAGAUCCCUUCGAAUCCAAGCUCUUCUGUGAUUUUAUGAUUCAGGGAAUGAUUGCAAGCUCUGAACCCCACACUUGGGUUCUGAGUUGCUGUCAGAGAUCAUAACUUGCAGUGUUUGAGACUGACCUCUGAAUGCCACUGCUUGGCUGCCAAGGAGGAGGAAAUAUUUUCUUCUGCUUCUGUGUUUUAAAAUGCCCUGGCAGAGAGUUCCCUGUCCUGACCUGGUGCUGGAUGAACAGGGGCUCUCCAUCACUGUCAACUGGCCAAAAAUUGCUUUGUUCCUUUUGUUCCCACUCCUUGAGACCUUUCUCAUUCCCACGCUCUCAAAUGCCAGGUCUUGAAGUCCUGCACUGGUGUUUCUCUUUUGGGCUGUUUCCCAAGGAGGGCUCUGAACUCCUGCCUGCGGUAUUGCUGUCAGGCUGCUCAGCAGCUUCCCCUGUUCCCAGACCCUUAUAAGGGCACUGAGAGCUGUCUUUGGAGUCUCCUUAUGCAGCACAGGCGUCCCAGCUGAGCGCUUGGCCUCCGCUGGGAAAAACAACGUGCAUCACAAGGCUGAAUCCAGGUCGAAGCCUCUUUUCCUCCAGCCUAAGUGGGAAGCUGAGCACCUGAGGGCAACUUACCAGGCCGCAUCCCUCCUCAUCACUGUGUCUUCUCUCAGCUGUACUGCUGCCUGCCUCUUCACUCUUUUCUAUCACCUCUUGUCUUUCACGGCUUGGGUCUUGUAUUGUUGUUUAACACAUCCAGCACAUUAUCCAGCCUUAGUGCUGCCUUGCCUUUCCCAGCACUGAGCUGAGUUCUGUGCAUGCUUGGUGAUGACAGUGUCCCGUGUCCUUCCCAAGCCACCAGCAAAAGGUGUUCUGCUCCACAGGGAGAGACAAGCUUUGGAAACACCUUUGUGUCAUUGAGACUGCUGCCAGGGAAGUGAGCACUCCAUAGCUGUGUGCUCAGGGACUUGCUCAUCACCAGUCCCCUCUCUGUCAGCUCUCCUGUGCAUCUCUAACAGACCACAGGGCUCUGAGUGACAGGGCAGUGCUGAACCUCCAUUCCCUGCCCUCCUGUUGUCUUUUCCUCUUGCAGGUGCUUUGGGAACUUGACUGAAAGGGUUGCAGGUUGUUAUAGAGGGGCUUUACAGCCUCUGUGCAAAUGCCAGCAACUGCUGCCCACCAGCCAGUACUGGCAGAGGGGGUGCCUCAGUCUGGUGCGAGUUGGCUCCCCCGUCCUUCGGCUCAUGCCCAGGUGUGAAUGCUCCUGGUGUCCUGGGCAUGUAACACUGAUGUGCAUGAGGCUGCAAAGGCGCUCUGUGUGGAUGUUGCUCUCUGCUGUUUCGGGUAGAUGAAAGGUUUGAUCAAACCUGAGCUACCUAAGACCUCAUCCAACCAGAGGUGUCCCCCACAGGUCCCUUCCAUCCUGUGUUAUUCUGUGGCAGCUGAGUUACUGUUGCACACUUCCAAGGAUCUGUGCAACAGUAACUGGCAGGCACAUAGAAAUGCAUUGCCCAGAGCACUGUGGUCUCUGCUGAGCAUGUGGUAUGCACCUUGUUCAGACCUGUUUCUGUAUUAGUCACUUUGAAUUCAUCCAAGUGCCUAACCUGGCCUGUGUUGUUCUGGGCACUGUGACAGCUGAGAGCUUUGGAGACUCUCUUAGGAAUGCUUUUAACGCAUGGAUUUGUGCCACUGUCACUUCUAGAAAUGAUUCGGCUAGUGGUCAAAGGGCUGUUCUUCCAACUGAUUUUUUGGAAAUAAUUUCUCCUUUUAUUCAGCUGCCAAGAAGCAGUUUAUGCUUCCUCUCCACCAGACAAGGUCCUUGAGCUUCCUGCGUGCUUCAGAUGUCCGUCAGCAAGGUCCAUGGGGAGAGCAGCUUGUCCAGCAGGCAGCUGAAGGGGAAGCUGACAUCAGAUACCAGUUGAAAUCACAAUAUUAAUUGGUAGAAAUGUUCUGAAGCUCAUGUCCACUGUGAUCAGAUUUCACCAUCUGCCGCUGCUUAUGGUUGUAGAAGUUUCUUUUCAGCCUCUUCCCUGCAAGCCAUGUAGCGUGUUGCUGCUGCUGCUUCUAAACUGUUUGCAUCCCCUAUGAGCCAGCUGCUGUAGCAAUCCUUGUACAGAAUUUCUUAAACACUUUUUUUGCAAAAAAAUAAGGGAUUAUUUUGUUACUCCUGCUUGGCAGCCCAGGAGUGGUAUUUCAGUGUGGGGAGGAGGUGUGCUCCCUGGAGUGCUGACCUCACUGGGCAGCUCUCAGACCAGUUCAUACUAUCAGGGCUGGGGUUAGUGGGCUGAGAUCUCCCCCAUUGCCACUGCUUCCUUGCAUGGAGUUCAGCCAGUUGCCAGCUAAGAACAUGCCAGGGGAAUCGGCAGCAGAACGGCACAGAUGGGUGGUGCUGCGCAUGUGGCUCCAUGGUCCUGCUCCACAGCUGCCCGUGGUUUGCAGCCUGUCCUCCAGGCCCCUGGUACACCAGGAGCAUUCCUCCACUCCAGCUCCAGGUGUGGCAAGAGGGGCUGGGAGGCUCUGGGUUUUGGAAUUGAGCACAGAGUUUGUGCCCUUUUAAUUGUGACUUGUGCUGUGUUCAUGGCCAGAACUUGCCAGCGUGUGGGGGGUUCAGCCAGCCCAGCAGUUCUUCCCCUUUGGAUCCAAGUUCCCUGUCCUGUUUAGAAGCUGGGCCUUUGGCCGUGGCUCAAGGGAUCCCUGGGUAUGGAGAGCAGGUUUGUCUCUCAGCUCCAGCUGGGCAGUGUGACUCGAGCUGGGCAGCUUCCCAGGCAGGAAGGCAGGUUUUGGUGUGAGGAUCCUUAUUUUGGCCGUGGUUGGCAGGGUCAGUGCUGAGCUGUGGAUCAUCAGCUGCUCAGCCAGGCUGGUUGGUUUUUGUGACAGUUUUUGUGAAGUGACAGUUUCUUUUUCAGUCUUCAAAAGGGCACUGGCCUCUUUGCUCCUGUGCUCAGAUGGCGAUGGCCUUGCAGGAGCUGAGGUGGCCCACAGAGAUGACAGCAGUUUUGGGAUAUCUGGCACUUCCUGACAAUGCUGCAGCCCUCAGCUUUGCCGGCUAGGUGGGCUGGCACAACCUGUGGAGAGCACAGCAGGGCAGGAUGCUCCUGAGCCCUCACAUUCUGGACUCUGCUAGAGAGCACCAUGCUAGGGUUUCCCUCUCCUUGCAGCCUGUUCUGCCUGGAGCCAGGUGCCUCGGAGGAAUCUUGUCCCAGAAGACACGAGAGGCUUGCCUUUGUCACGAGGUCAUCCCUGAUUGUGGAAUGAAGCUUGUCUGUAGUUGUGACAGUGCUGGAACUUGCAGGUUGAGCAGCAGCUGCCUCCAAGGCCAUGGUGCUGAGGCCAGACCCCUCCCUUUGCUUAGGAGCACUAAGGAAGGCUGGCGAAAAAGUGAGAAGCUGGGAGUAGGGAAAGCUAAUGAUGCCAGCAGCUGGACAGCCAGCAGCUGGACAGCCUGCUGCUUCUGUGUUUGCUGCAGGAGAUGUGCAGAGGAGCCAAGGCUGUGGCUUUCCACAUCACUGUCUUCCCUCCAUCCCUGCCUGGCCACAGAGCUUCCCCUACCCUGCCUGGCAGCAGUACAUGGACACUGGUGCUGCAGGUGAGUGGGAGUCCUUUUGGAGCAGGCAUCCCCCCAACCCUUCAUUCCCACC